AUUAAAUUGUUUAUUUUAAACCUUAACCACACUGCUAACCUUAUUCCUAACCCUAAAUUAAGAGCAAACAUCUCUUUAUUUUUUUUACGAAUUUUUAACAAUAUGGACCAUUUGACUUUGUGACUGUGGCAUCUAGUGUAAACCCAGUAUAAAUGUCAACAUUACUGAGCUCUCGUUUGUAACUAAAAGGGUUUUCAGUAGAGCAACUAUCGACCCCUUCCACAACCUCCCUCAAACAUAGAUCUGCUAAGAAACAAUACUGAUCAAUAUUACUGAUCAAUUUACAGCGCGUCAGUAACAAGGAGACAUCUGAUUUAUACCGAUUAUAACGAGAAAUUGAAGUUAUCCGGGUAGUUGACUCCGCAGUGAUGUUCCAGAUCAACAGAAUCUGCUGUAUAGGAGCUGGCUAUGUGGGAGGGCCAACCUGCAGUGUCAUCGCCCACAUGUGUCCAGAGAUCCACGUGACAGUGGUCGACGUCAACGAAUCACGGAUCAACGCCUGGAACUCCGACACACUGCCCAUAUACGAGCCAGGGUUGAAGGAGGUGGUGGAGUCAUGCCGAGGGAAGAAUCUCUUCUUCUCUACAGAUAUAGAUUCUGCCAUCAGAGAUGCUGACCUCGUCUUUAUUUCAGUGAACACCCCCACUAAGACCUAUGGGAUGGGGAAGGGGCGUGCCGCCGACCUAAAGUACAUAGAGGCCUGCGCUCGCCGCAUCGUUGAGGUUUCCGACGGUUACAAGAUCGUCACGGAGAAGAGCACGGUUCCUGUCCGAGCGGCUGAGAGCAUCAGACGGAUAUUUGACUCCAACACCAAACCCAACCUCAACCUGCAGGUGCUGUCCAACCCAGAGUUCCUGGCGGAGGGUACGGCGGUGCGCGACCUGAAGGAGCCAGACCGCGUCCUGAUUGGUGGAGACGAGACGGCGGAGGGUCAAAGGGCGAUCAGGGCGCUGUGUGACGUCUACGAACGCUGGGUCCCCAAGACCCGCAUCAUCACCACCAACACCUGGUCCUCAGAGCUCUCUAAACUGGCAGCCAAUGCGUUUCUAGCCCAGCGGAUCAGCAGUAUCAACAGUAUCAGUGCUCUGUGUGAGUCAACGGGGGCUGAUGUAGAGGAGGUGGCCCUCGCCAUCGGGAUGGACCAGAGGAUAGGGAGCAAGUUCCUGAAGGCCAGCGUGGGGUUUGGUGGUAGUUGUUUCCAGAAGGAUGUAUUAAACCUGGUGUAUCUGUGUGAAGCUCUCAACCUCCCCGAGGUCGCUUCCUACUGGCAACAGGUGAUUGAUAUGAAUGAGUACCAGCGCAGGAGGUUUGCGUGUCGGAUCAUUGACUGUCUAUUUAACACAGUGACAGGGAAGAAGAUCGCUCUGCUGGGAUUCUCAUUUAAGAAAGACACUGGAGAUACCAGGGAGUCUUCUAGUAUCUAUAUAUCUAAGUACCUGAUGGAUGAGGGAGCCAAGCUCCACAUCUACGACCCUAAAGUCCUGAAGGAACAGAUCAUCUUGGACCUCUCCCAACCACACAUCUCUGAAGACCCUCAUAGAGUGUCUGAGCUGGUCACCAUAUCAGUGGAUCCCUACCAGGCCUGUCAUGGGGCUCACGCUCUGGUCAUCUGCACUGAGUGGGACACGUUCAAGGAGCUGGAUUAUGAGAGGAUCUAUGACCACAUGUUGAAGCCAGCGUUUCUGUUUGACGGACGUCGGCUGUUGGACCAGCUUCACCCCAGCCUUCAGAACAUUGGCUUCCAGAUCGAGACCAUCGGUAAGAAGGUGACGACUUCUCGUAUUCCCUACACGCCCACGGCCGGAGUCCCUCGCAUCAACAUCAACCCUGAACCCCCGGCCAAGAAGAGCAAAGUCUGAGAGACACACACACACACACACACACACACACACACACACACAUACAUACUCUCCACACACACACACAUACACACACAUACACAUAUACACACAUACACACAUACACACACACACAGAGAUACACACACACACACCCCCCUCAGCACCAACCCCCCCCCCUCCCCUAUCUACCUCCUGUCUAUCCAUUCUUCCGCUACGAGGACAAUCGUUGAUAAUCAAUACCUUUUGAUGCUGCCGGUCGUUGUCAAUACUUCAACGGUUUUAUUUCCUGUUAUAACUGGCCAAUCACGUUAACACUGCCUCUCAUUUCCUGUUAUAACUGGCCAAUCACAUUAACCUGUCUGGGAAACGUGGGAUGUUUGCAUCCCACCCUAGUCAACAGCCAGUGGAAUCGCGUCGCGCGAAAUACAAAUAAAUACCUCAUAAAUGCUCAAACAUAUGACUAUUUUACACCAUUUUAUAGAUGCACCUCUCCUGAAUCGAACCACGUUGUCCGAUUUCAAAAAGGCUUUACAGCAAAAGCAAAACAUUAGAUUAUGUUAGGAGAGUACCC